AGGGAUCAUUCGGUUUGCAACUUCUUAGCCGGGAAUCAGUCUGGCGCAGGGGACAGUGUCUCGGUUCUGAAUUGGGUGCAAGGCAAUGCCAGCCAACAACCAGAAGCGCCAGACCAGAAAUUCAUAUCCACCUUAUACUUGAAGUUAUGUUAAUUUUAGUCCUGGGCGGUGACUAUUACACAGACGCGAUUGGGGUAAGGCGGCUUGCUCCUUUUUCAAGCUAAAACCUGUAGUCGGGUGCAGGAACUGUUUAAAAGAUCAGCUGAGAGCAACAUGGACAGUCUGGGUCGUGUGUCUGCCAACCGACCCACGCUGUCGGAUAGCCAAAAGCGCCAAUGCCCAGAAUCGUUUCGGUUUUGUAAUCUGCCGCCAGAAAUUCGCCACAUGGUAUACAAAAUUGUUUCAGAAACUUCAAAGGCUCCUAUACAGCUUCGAUAUAUGGGACCAAAACGUUUUCCAGGCGCGCCACGUUGGCUUCGGACAAGAAAGCCGCGUAUCACUGGUCUUAUGUGCGUUGUACUAGUGAAUUGGUUCAUCUACGCCGAGUUCUUUCCAUACUACCAAUCAUAUGCAACAAGAAGCACUCAUAUGGUGGAUCUAGAGGAUAUUGGGCUGUAUCUCACAAACCCAAACGUAAGCAGAAACUUAAUUGUCACCAUCAACCCAUGGGCAUCUCACGACGAGAUGGUUGACUUGUUGCCGCUCUUGCAACACAAAUGGGGAGCUCCUGAAUCUAGUCUAUCCUUUGCCAUUACGAAGGUAUGGGCUCAGUCGAGUUACAAGGCAGGUUUAGGACACAUAGCUCGGGAUCUUAACCUUUUGCUCUCCUAUGAUCAGAUACUAAAGCUUCAGGUGCAAAAAGGUGCCUUGGACGGUAUUGAGGUAUGCUGGCGUAGCUACUCUGUUAUAUUUGUCAUUUUCAUACGAAAAGGACACACAGGCAGCAAACAGAGGUACGAACAGUCUCUUAGUACCGAUCUUGCGGAAGAAUUGGGUAUACUUAGUUUACGUGAAAUUGAGUGGAGAGUCACGAGCCUGUCACCAGGGCUUUUAGAGCACGCGGAAGAGCUUUGAUUUGAAA